ACUGUCUGGAGUGAGAUCUGUCACCUGACUCGGUUCAAACAUGGCUGCGCUGGAAGCUCUAUUGCUUUGGACACCCGGAGCAGGAGUUACUCCACGAAUGAAAAAUUUGAGAAUGUGUUCGGCAUAACUCAUCUCUUCUUAUCUCCCUGCACUUUGUGCUGGGAAAAUGAAUCAUCCAUUUGGAAAAGAGGAAGAUGCUUCCCAGAAGCAGCUUUUCGAAUUUUUCUGUGAGUGCCUCCGGAGGGGAGAAUGGGAGCUGGCACAGGCAUGUGUACCUCAGCUGCACGAGGCACAAGGGGAUAUCCCAAAGAGGGUGGAAGACAUACUUCAGGCACUGGUGAUGUGUCCAGAUCUGCUGAGAUGUGGGCAGAACAUCAACCCUCAAAGAUUAGCUUGGGUAUGGCUUCUUGUACUGGAAAAAUGGUUGGCCCGGGAAAAGAAGUUACUCCCAGCUGUUUUCCGGAAAAAGCUUGAGUUUCUUUUAUUGUCAGAAGACCUCCCUGGUGACAUUCCAGAGAACAUCCUCAAGGAGCUGUACGAGACCUUAGCACAAGGUGCAGUCAGCCCUGUGCCUGAUGGAAAUCAGAGGAGGGAGAGCUGGACUCCGCAACUCAGCUCUGAAGCUCUCUCUGUGCUGUGGGAUCUUCUGAGACAGACUCCUCAGCCAGCGCAGGCUCUGCUGGAGCUCUUGCUUGGGGAAGAUGACAGCACUGGUCUCUGUCACCAGCCUCUGCAGAAUGCACUGGUGGACCUGAUUAGAAAGGCACUGCAAACUUUGCAGGGCCCUGACUCAGGGCCCCCUGGGGUAGUCAGUGCCAUCUACGGAGCCCUGCGGACCUUGCGUUGCCCUGCAGAGCCACUUGGAACUAAGUUGCAUCUCCUGUGUGAGGAACUCCUGGAAGCCUGCAGGACUGAGGGGAGUCCCCUGCGGGAAGAACAGGUGCUAGGCUGUCUGCUGCACAAGGCUGGGCGAGGCCUGGUGUCCCUGUAUGGCCAUACCUAUGCAGAGAAGGUCACAAAAAAGCUGCCGAGGGCCACAACUUCAGGAAAAGUUUCACCAGAUCAUCUAGAUCCCGAGCAGGCAAUGCUAGCCCUCUUCUCCAAUCCUGACCCAGCCCAGGCUUGGAAAGUGGCCUAUUUCUACUGCCUGAGCAAUAGCAAGCACUUCCUUGAGCAGAUCCUGGUAACAGCACUAACACUGUUGAAAGAGGAGGACUUCCCAAGUCUCAGCUGCCUGCUAGAUAGAGAAUUCAGGCCUCUUAGUCGCCUGCUUGUGCUCCUGGGCUGGACACACUGCCAGAGCCUAGAGUCAGCUAAGAGGUUGCUCCAGGCACUGCACAGGACCCAGGACCAAGGCUGUGAUAAGCUCCUCAGGGAUGCUUGUGAUGGGCUGUGGGCUCACCUGGAGGUCUUGGAGUGGUGUGUUCAGCAGAGCAGCAACCCCAUACCAAAGAGAGAUCUCUUGAGUCAUUUACAUGGUGGAGACAACCACUCAGUACUCUACACUCUCCAUCACCUUACAAACCUUCCAGCCCUCAGAGAGGAAGAUGUUCUCAAGCUCUUACAGAAGGUGCCAGGCAAGGACCUCCAGCAAGAUUCAGUUGAUGUCCUAGUCCCUGAGCACCUUAGCCAGUGUCCGAACCUGACACUCUACCAGGGCUUCUGUGCCAUGAAGUAUGCCAUCUAUGCCCUCUGCGUGAACUCACACCAGCACUCCCAGUGCCAUGACUGCAAACACGGCCCCUCUGAGGACCUGGCCUCAGCUGCAGAGCGAGUGGAUGACUCUCUCUCCUUCCCAGGUGCUGCAAAUCUCUUCUCAACUUACCUGGCCAAGUGUCAACAGUAUCUCUGCAGUAUUCCUGACUCUUUGUGCCUGGAACUUCUAGAAAAUAUCUUCUCAUUGCUUCUCAUCACCUCUGCUGAUCUUCACCCAGAGCCUCACCUGCCUGAGGACUAUGCUGACGAUGAUGACACUGAGGGGAAGGGCCCCUUGGGUUUAAGGUCCCCAUCAGAGAGCCCUCAGCACAUACCACAACCUGAGCAAAAGUCAGAACGGGCUCCACUAGGAGUCCCCAGGAGCCUUGCUUAUACAAUGCCAAGCUGUCUGAAGGAAGAACCAAAAGACAGUUACCCAGGGCCUCAUGGGCAUAGCUUUUUGGACCUAAAGCACUUUACUAGUGGUAUCAGUGCAUUCCUGGCUGAUGAAUUUGCAAUAGGGGCCUUCCUGAGGCUUCUCCAAGAGCAACUGGAUGAGAUCAGCAGCCACAGUCCCUCUGAGAAGCCAAAGCUUCCAGAAGGCCAGAGCUGCUCAGGAAGCAAAGAUGGACUGCAGAGCCGCCUACACCGGUUUUCCAAGGUUCUCUCUGAGGCGCAAUGGAGAUACAAGGUGGUAACAAGCAACCAGGGCUCAGAAGAGCAACCUUCCCGAAGAUACCGACCUACUGCCACACGGCACUCCAGUCUCCGCCGGGGUCGCCGGACAAGAAGGAGCCGUGCAGAUGGACGGGACAGAGGUUGCAACCCAUCGCUAGAAAGUACAAGUAGUGAGCUGAGCACAAGUACUUCAGAGGGAAGUCUGAGCGCUGCAUCUGGGCAGAAUGAUCUGGAUGGCCGGUUGCAGCCCCAACCUCAGAGUUCACUUAUCCCCAUGAUGUUCUCCCCACCUGAGUCACUGCUGGCAUCCUGCAUCCUCCGGGGGAACUUUGCAGAAGCUCAUCAGGUGGUGUUCACGUUCAACCUAAAGUCCUCACCCAGCUCAGGGGAACUGAUGUUCAUGGAGCGCUAUCAGGAGGUGAUCCAAGAGCUGGCCCAAGUAGAGCACAAGAUUGAAAACCAGAACCCUGAUGGGGUUAGCAACACCAUUCGAAGAACUGGCAGUGGCCGCUCAACUCUACAGGCCAUUGGCAGUGCUGCAGCAGCAGGAAUGGUGUUUUACUCCAUCUCUGACGUGACUGACAAGCUGCUCAGCAGCUCUGGAGACCCCAUCCUCACACUCCAGGAGGACUUUUGGAUAAGCACUAGUCUGGUGGAACCCACUGACCCCCUGCGAGAGGUUCUGGAAGACCUCAGUCCUCCUGCCAUGGCUGCAUUUGACUUAGCUUGCUCUCAGUGCCAGCUCUGGAAAACCUGCAAGCAGCUCUUGGAAACGGCUGAACGGCGUCUGAACAGUAGCCUUGAAAGCCGUGGUCGACGGUUAGACCAUGUACUUCUCAAUGCUGAUGGCAUUCGAGGUUUUCCAGUUGUUCUUCAGCAAAUCAGUAAGAUUCUCAAUUAUCCGAUUAUGUCAGCUGCACAGACUAAAUCAGAGAGUAUAGAAGAAAAGGGAGGAGGCUCACCACGGUAUAGCAUCACGGAGCUGCUUCAGAUGUGCUGGCCCAGCCUAACCGAAGACUGUAUUGCCAGCCACACCACCCUCUCCCAGCAGCUGGAUCAGGUCCUUCAGUCACUGAGAGAGGCACUAGAGCUGCCAGAGCCCAGAAGUCCUCCACUCUCUUCCCUGGUGGAACAGGCAGCCCAGAAAGCUCCUGAGGCAGAGACACACCCUGUGCACAUCCAGACUCAGCUCCUCCAGAAGAACCUGGGCAAACAGACCCCAGCAGGCAGCAAACAGACUGACUACAUGGGCACCUUCCUCAGUUACUGCAGCACCCUGGCUGCAGUUCUCCUUCGGAGUUUGAGCUCUGAACCUGAUCAUGUGGAUGUCAAGGUAGGAAAUCCAUUUGUUCUGCUGCAACAAAGCUCUUCCCAACUGGUGUCACAUCUCCUGCUUGAGAGACAAGUCCCCCCAGACAGGCUGGCAACCCUUCUGGCCCGAGAGGGUCUCAGCUUAAGUGUGCCACAGGUCAUCGUCAACUGCUGCUGUGAGCCCCUUGCUCUUUGCUCUUCCCGGCAAAGCCAGCAGACAUCCUCCCUCCUGACCCGCCUGGGCAUCCUGGCUCAGCUGCACACCUCCCACUGGCUGGAUGACCUCCCACUUUCUACACUGAGUGCCCCAAGGCCAACUGAGAAUCCCACAUUGGAAAGAAAGGCCCACUCCUCCCCAACGGAUUCAUCACCCCCAGCCCUCACCUCCUCUACCUUGGCCUUCCUUAAAUCUCGCUCAAAGCUACUGGCUAUGGUGGCCUGCCUGCGGGCUUCCCCAGGGUUAAAGGUCACCAAGCCCAGCUUGUCAUGGAAGGAGCUUCGAGGCCGCAGGGAGGUGCCUCUCACUGCAGAGCAGGUGGCCCGGGAAUGUGAGCGCCUUCUGGAACAAUUCCCUAUGCUUGAGGCCUCCCUCCAGGCAACCUGGGAGCCUCUACAAGGAUCCUCUCAGCAGGGGCAGAGUCUGGCAGCAAGUCUCUGCGGGCAGGCUAGUCUUUCUACUGUUCUUCUGGGCCUGCAUUCCCCCAAUGCCCUAGAUGUGCUGACUGAGGCUUUUGAGGAGGCCCUAGUGGCCAGAGAUUGGCCCCGGGCCCUUCAGCUCACUGAAGUGUAUGGGCGAGAUGUGGACGAUUUGAACAGCAUAAAGGAUGCAGUCCUCAGCUGUGCUGUGGCAUGUGACAAAGAAGGUUGGCAAUACCUGUUUCCUGUGAAGGAUGCAUCUCUGAGAAGUCGGCUGGCCCUACGGUUUGUGGACAGGUGGCCCCUGGAGUCAUGUCUGGAGAUCCUGGCCUACUGCAUUUCAGACACAGCUAUCCAGGAAGGACUAAAGUGUGAGCUUCAGAGGAAGCUAGCGGAGCUGUGGGUAUAUCAGAAGAUUCUAGGUUUGCAGGAUCCCCCAGCAUGGUGUGACUGGCAGACCCUGAGGAACUGCUGUGCUGAGGACCCAUCAGCUGUCAUGAACAUGAUUCUAGAAGCACAGGAGUAUGAGCUAUGUGAGGAGUGGGGCUGCCUAUACCCCAUUCCAAGAGAAUGUUUAAUCAGCCUACAUCAAAAGCAUCUUCUCCACCUUCUAGAAAGAAGAGAUCAUGAAAAGGCUUUGCAACUCCUGCAAAGGAUCCCCGACCCCACCAUGUGCCUUGAGGUCACAGAGCAAUCCCUUGACCAGCACCCUAGCUUGGCCACUUCUCACUUCUUGGCCAACUACCUCACCACCCACUUCUAUGGACAACUGACUGCUGUCCGACACCGUGAAAUCCAGGCGCUAUAUGUGGGGUCCAAGGUUCUGCUGACCCUCCCUGAACAGCACCGGGCCAGCUAUUCCCACUUGUCCUCUAAUCCCCUGCUCAUGCUAGAGCAGCUGCUCAUGAACAUGAAGGUGGAUUGGGCCACAAUGGCAGUGCAGACCCUGCACCAGCUGCUGGCCGGGCAGGAGAUUGGCUUCACCAUGGACGAGGUGGACACGCUGCUUUCCAGAUAUGCAGGGAAAGCCCUGGACUUUCCAUACCCUCAGAGGGAGAAACGAUCAGAUUCUGUGAUUCACCUCCAGGAAAUUGUCCAUCAGGCUUCAGACCCCGAGACCCUCUCUAGAUCACCAUCAGCAGAGUUCUCUCCUGCUGCUCUUCCUGGUGUCUCUGUUGUACAUUCCCCCAGUCUGAGGGAGAAGAGUUUCCCACCGAGUCAACCCACGCAGGAAUUCGUGCCCCCAGCCACACCCCCUGCUAGGCACCAGUGGGUACCAGAUGAGACAGAGAGCAUCUGCAUGGUCUGCUGCAGGGAGCACUUCACCAUGUUUAACAGGCGUCAUCAUUGUCGUCGCUGUGGCCGGCUAGUGUGCAGUUCCUGCUCCACUAAGAAAAUGGUGGUGGAAGGCUGCAGAGAGAACCCCACUCGUGUGUGUGACCAGUGCUAUAGUUACUACAACAAAGAUGUACCAGAGGAGAAUUCAGGACAACCAGAAGCACCAGAUGGCUCCCAAAGUCAAAGCCCACCAUACUCAUUUGUGGUGAAAAUCCCCAAAGCAGAUGAAGUGGAAUGGAUUUUGGAUCUGAAAGAGGAGGAAAAUGAACUAGUGCGGAGUGAAUUUUACUAUGAGCAGGCCCCCAGCGCCUCCUUGUGCAUUGCUAUCCUGAAUCUGCACCGGGACAGCACUGCCUGUGGUCACCAGCUGAUUGAGCACUGCUGCAGGCUGUCCAAGGGCCUUGCCAACCCAGAGGUGGAUGCAGGGUUGCUCACAGACAUCAUGAAGCAGCUGCUCUUCAGCGCCAAGAUGAUGUUCGUCAAGGCUGGCCGGAGCCAGGACUUGGCUCUUUGUGACAGCUACAUCAGCAAGGUGGAUGUACUGAAUAUUUUAGUUGCUGCUGCCUAUCGCCACGUGCCAUCUCUGGAUCAGCUCUUGCAGCCAGCUGCAGUGACCAGGCUAAGGAACCAGCUUUUGGAAGCUGAGUACUACCAACUGGGCGUUGAGGUUUCCACAAAGACUGGGCUCGAUACCACUGGGGCGUGGCAUGCCUGGGGCAUGGCCUGCCUCAAAGCUGGGAAUCUCCCUGCAGCUCGGGAGAAGUUCAGUCGCUGUCUGAAGCCCCCAUUUGACCUCAAUCAGCUGAGUCAUGGCUCAAGGCUGGUACAGGACGUGGUUGAGUACCUGGAGUCCACAGCGAGGCCCAUCAUAUCCUUGCAAGAUGACGAUUACUUUGCCACCUUGAGGGAACUAGAGGCUACUCUUCGGACCAAGAGCCUCUCUCUAGAGGUGAUUCCUGAUGGGAAGGUCAUGAACAACACCUACUACCAAGAAUGCCUCUUCUACCUGCACAACUAUAGCACCAACUUGGCCAUCAUCAGCUUCUACAUGCGGCACAGCUGCCUGCGGGAAGCCCUGCUGCACCUCCUCAACAAGGAGAGUCCUCCAGAAGUCUUCAUAGAAGGCAUUUUCCAGCCAAGCUAUAAAAGCGGGAAGCUACAUGCUUUGGAAAACUUGUUAGAAUCUAUUGAUUCAUCCUUGGAGAGCUGGGGAAAGUACCUGAUUGCUGCCUGCCAACAUUUACAGAAGAAAAACUACUACCACAUUCUGUAUGAGCUACAGCAGUUUAUGAAGGACCAAGUCCGGGCGGCCAUGACAUGCAUUCGGUUCUUCAGUCACAAAGCAAAGUCAUAUACAGAACUGGGAGAGAAGCUGUCAUGGCUGCUCAAGGCCAAGGACCACCUGAAGAUCUACCUCCAAGAAAAUUCUCGCAGCUCUGGAAGGAAGAAAACCACCUUCUUCCGAAAAAAGAUGACGGCAGCUGAUGUGUCAAGGCACAUGAACACACUUCAGCUGCAAAUGGAAGUGACCAGGUUCUUACAUCGGUGUGAAAGUGCUGGGACCUCUCAGAUCACCACUUUGCCUCUGCCAACCCUGUUUGGAAAUAACCACAUGAAAAUGGAUGUUGCCUGCAAGGUCAUGCUGGGAGGGAAAAAUGUAGAAGAUGGUUUUGGAAUUGCAUUCCGUGUUCUGCAGGACUUCCAGCUGGAUGCUGCCACGACCUACUGCAGAGCUGCCCGGCAGUUGGUGGAGAAGGGGAAAUACAGCGAGAUACAACGACUGCUCAAGUGUGUUAGUGAGUCAGGCGUGGCAGCCAAAAGUGAUGGGGACACCAUCCUCCUCAACUGCCUGGAAGCAUUCAAGAGAAUUCCACCCCAGGAACUUGAGGGUCUGAUCCAGGCAAUACACAAUGAUGACAACAAGGUUCGGGCCUACCUGACAUGUUGCAAACUGCGUUCUGCCUACCUGAUUGCCGUGAAGCAAGAACACUCUCGGGCUACGGCCCUCGUCCAGCAGGUGCAGCAGGCCGCCAAGAGCAGUGGGGAUGCAGUUGUGCAAGACAUCUGUGCCCAGUGGCUUCUGACAAGCCACCCCCGGGGUGCCCACAGCUCAGGCUCCAGAAAGUGACCCUGGGCAAGGGGGCAAGGGAAUGUGGCCUGAGAACUUUGGCAACAGCAGUGAUGGUGGUGCCCUUCGUCUCUUUCCUCCUGUGGAGUGGGACUUGUCUGGCUCUGCCCCAGGUCGGAAAGAGCUGGAUUGGACCCUACUUGCCUCCUCGGGCAAGAACAGGACCUUUCACACAAGUGCCAUGUUUCUGUAAAAUUGUGGAAUCUGUGUGUAUCUGUGUGUGUUCAUCUGGAGAUGGCCAGUUCUUUCUACCUCAGAGUGAGUGAGUGAGUGUGGUACACAUAUGUGCACACACAUGCAUGCUCCUGUGCACUGACGUUUACACCCAAGCAUUUAUGAACAAAUGAAACUCUCCUCCAUUGAAAAGAGGCACUUUAGACUCCUACCACUCUGGAAACCUUCCCUGCGUUUUGGUUCUUGACCCGGGUGCUCCUGUUUGUACACAGUCCCCUCCAUGUGGGCAUGCUGUAGUAGUUCCUCUCAACUAGAGGGGUUUUACAGAAAAUUAUAGAAUAACGCCAAAAGGAUCACCUCUUUUCCCUUCCCAAAAUUCAGAGAUGGCUUUGAGGCAAGUGCUACCUGUGGAAUAAAAAUUUUCCAGGUAUCUCCUCUCCCAAGUACAAGGAGUCAACGUGCAUCUUUGGAAGGUAGUCUGAAUAGAAGUGUUUUCAGGUGCCGGCAUCGGAAAGCUGUGAGUGUGUACACCUCCGAUCAGGUCUGGGCGGCUGACGCAUUGGCAGGAGCGUCACCAUCACAUUUGCGAGAAAGGCAAACCAUCCAAAAGCGGUAUCGGGUUGCUCACAAGCACAGAGCUGGCUCUCAUGAAUGUCCCUAGUGCAGAGUUGGUGGGUAAGAGAACAUGCCUCCUUCUUUAAGACUCUGGGAAGAAAUAUGGUAGCCAGGAUCCUAGGACUGAAUGUCUAGACUCCACCUAUUUGAGUUGCAGUCCUGUUUGUGCCCCUUGAAUUGGUUAGAAAACUACUUCCUCUUCUCUCCUGCUUCCUUUCAGUCCCUUCAGGACCACUGGAUGGAUAUGCAGACACCUGGGGCCAUUGAGAAGUCAGGGCACUUCUUUUCUCUGUCUUAACAGAGGGAGUCAGGGGUUAGCUUCAGAAUUGGGCCUAUGGACAAGAGUCAGAACAAGGGCAUAAGGAAUAGGUCACAUACAGUUGGUGGAAAACUAAGUGAAGUGCUUUUUAACAUGCACUUGCUUGUCUUCCCACUGAGAUGUGACAGUGUUUGGGAAAGGAUUUGUCAUACUCAGUGACUUUGAUUUGCAAAUGAGAAGCCUAAAGAAAAGCUCUGGGGCUCUGAGCCUCCCACCAGCCAGAGCUCAGCCUGUUGCUCUAACCUUUGAUGCUGAGUCAAACAGAAACUAGAAGCUAAAGUCAGUGUCUAGUGCUUAGAAACCCUGUGGAUUUCCUUCUGAACCAAGUUUCUUAAUAGUAAAAUAAAUAACCCUUAUGGACGUCUGUCAGAUUAAAAGUUUGGUCCUAUUAGAGAGGAGAAAGACUGUAAGGAAAAUACUGGAUCCCUUUGGGCUGAUGUUACUUUUUCUUUCCUUGAGUCAUAGGACGCAUCAAUCCCCCAGGAAAUGACAUUCCCUGGCAUCUGCUUGCCCUUCUGAGUCUGUCCUUUUUGCACUGAGCAUAAGCACUUUAUACUAAUGGGUCACAAAUCUUAAUUAGGGAUGUUAAGACCAGAUUUUCCUGGCUUUUUCCUCUAACUAAUUGAAGUAUCAAAUAGGGAACCAUUGACUAGACUGACAUAAGAUGAGGCUAAAGGCCUUUGAGCAUCACACUGUGGUCUCCAGCAGAAAACAUCACCACCACUAAAUCAACAUCCUUGUCGAGGGGUGGAAUGUUUUACUACAAGCAAGCCACAAUAAAGUGUCGAUCUGACAAGUUU